GGCAAAGCCACCCUCAGCCAGAACACUCCAUCCAAGGAUCUACACAAGUCACUGAUCAUCUCAGAAAGAUGGCACCUAGCUCUGUUUACCUGGAGCAGCAUAAGGUCUCCCCAAAGGAAAAGAAUAAGAUGAGAAAGCCCAUUGUAGAGAAGAUGCGCAGAGAUAGGAUUAAUAGCAGCAUCGAGCAACUCAAACUUCUAUUGGAAAAAGAGUUCCACAAGCAACAGCCCAACGUCAAGCUGGAGAAGGCUGAUAUAUUGGAGAUGGCCGUCACCUAUCUCAAGCAACAGACAUUGCCUCCAAAUAACACUAUAGUCCAUCAAAGUAAUGGUCUGCAAAUGGAGUUCAGCGAUGGCUACAACAGAUGCUUCAAUGAGGUACUCAGCUUCCUCUCCGUCCACCAAAAUCAAAGGGCCACCGAAGUCAGGCUAUUGAACCAUUUCAAACCCAAUGAAGAUGCCACCAUAUCUUCUUCUCCUUCUACUUCAUCUCCUGCCAGAUACUGUCACGUUAAGCCAUCAGAUCUGAGUAGCAACAGCAACACUCUCUGGAGACCUUGGUAGAUGGACUCUAUACUCAUGGACCCAGAGGACUUAGAAGCGUAUUCAGUCACUGUCCUCUCCCUCUGUAGGAAACAUUUUCCUCAACCUCAAUGACUAGGAGGUUGAUAGAUCUUCUCUAAAAGAAUAGAGUGUGGCUGAAGACUCCAAACAGAGGUCUACAGUCUAAACUCUGUUCAUUUGUAUUGUAUACUGCAACAUUUGUAGGACAUUGUAUGUCAAGAUCUCGGCCACUGAGCUGUGGUAGAGUAUAACUUCAGCAUGAAAUCUUUGGAAAGAUUAUUACUAUUUUUUUUGUAUUAUAGCGAGUGGAUUUGGUCAUUCCAGCCUCUACACUACAUGUCCCACCAGUGGCAGCUGGAAUGGUUAGAUCACCCACUCGUGGUCUAGUAAAUACAAUAUUUGUGUAUGUAAAAGUUUAGUUACAUCUAUUCUCUAGAUUGAGUUUGUAUGAGAAAUGUCUCAAGAUUCAAUGUAAAAGCUUGUAGCUUUAAAUGUAAAACACAUAACCCAACAAUAGGACGCCAAGGUCUAUGUGCACGUGAACUGUGUGAUCCAAUUUAUGGAUACAGCUGUAUAUGCAGUCCGUUUUAGGGCGGUGUAGUAGAGGCCGCGUCCUGAUGUGGGUUAUGUAUUAUGUCUGUGGAAUAUUUCUACUACUUGCUAUUUUGAUAAAAAUAGUUUAUGCUUUAUGAUAAAGGUGAAGGGGUGACAAUGUAUUUCAUUUUGAAAGUCAGAAUUGUCUCUUGUAAUUGCAAAGUGUUUCGCUUCUAAAGUGGACUUUGGAAUUAUGUUCUUAUAUGCAUAUUAUAUAUGCACUUUAUGUGUCUUUAUUUGUUGAAAAUUAAAUAUAUUU